UGUCGUCGCCGCGUCGUCGUCGAGGUUUUCUCGACAUUAAUUUUAUUUUUUUUUGGAGUUUUCGGAGUUUUUGGAAUCAACGAUGGAAUCGCAAAAUUAUUCCCAGGAAACCAGUGUACCAUUCAGGUAUUUGAAUGCAGAAGAAUCGAAAACAAGAGCGAUUGUUGUCAACGAUUACAUAUUUCACGUUAACAGGAAAACAUCGAAAGCCACAUUUUACAUGUGUAAGGAAAGAUCCGCUUGUCGAGCCCGAUUUGUCGUAAGAGGGCGGGAUGGGUUUUUUAAAUAUAAGGAACACACCCAUCAGUCGCAUGCCCUAGAAAUAGCGAAACAUGAGCUGAAACAACUUCUUCUGCAGUCCUGUUCAAAAACAUUCGAUAGUUAUAGAGAAGUUUUUGACAAAGUCUGCAAUAUACCAGAGCACCGUUUUGCGGCAUCCCACAUCACGUAUGAAAGCGUGCAGGCCUCCAUGAGAAAUGCCAGACUUAAAUGCUUCCCUCGUACACCGACAUCGGCGACAGACUUUGACAUGCUCAUGAAAACGGAAAAGGCAGCCGGGUUCCGGACCAUAUCCGGAGAGUUAUUUUACCAUGGCUGUGUCGGAAACACUGUAUUUUUUAUAGUACCUGCCACUAUGAAAGCGCUGCAAAAUGCAUCAUCCACAAAGCUUUAUUUUGAUGGAACAUUUAAAACGAAGCCCUCGAUGUUUGCCCAGCUGUUCAUGGCAUAUGCGCAGAUCGGAGCAAAGGUUUUUCCGUUGGCGUUUAUGCCAACAGAAACUGCAGCUGCAAACGUCACUGAUUACAUUGAAAUAAUAUCAAAAUUAAUUGACAUUAUGCCGAAGACACCAGUCACUGCAACGAUAUCAGAUUUUGAAAAAUCGCUUAUGGCAGCGUGCAGGAUUGUGUUCCCGAAGGCUACCCAUCAGGGCUGCCUGUUUCAUUUUAAACAGGCUAUAAAACGCUACAUUGUAGCAAAACUACGUAUAUCAUGUAGCGAUAAAGAUCACACCAGUUAUCGGAUGGCCAUGCAAAUCGCGCAUUUACCUGCGGUUAAGGUGCCUGAAGGAGUGAACUUCGUUUGCAAAUAUAUACGCGACAAUACCUACGACCAAUCAAAAGCAGCUAUCUUUGAGCGGUAUCUCCGCACUCAAUGGAUUAGGAAUGUUGGUCCGCAUGUGUACUCCACGUACCAUGCGGAGAUCACGUCCAACAAUGCGGCGGAGUCCUAUCACUCCAAGAUGCUGCGUGAAAUAGGCGAAUCACCAAAUGCUUGGGUGUUUGUGGAGAAAAUUAUCGGCAUGUCCAAGACUGUUGACUUAGAAAUAAAUCGGGCAAAAAACCUUUAUCUACAAAAACAACAUACGUCCAGGCAAAACAUAGUUGAUCAGUGCACUCGUAACUAUGACAGGGAUGGGGACCUUGGCAAGUUUUUGCUGGCAUUAAAUAGCAAACACCAAGAAUUUGGUUCCAUCCCAAUUCCUGUUGAAGAUUUAGUGCCUGCACUUGAAGAAUGCAUUAUAUGCUCAAAAUUGUCAGCGGUCACAUUAAUCCCAUGUAACCAUAAGCCUUAUUGCGCUAGCUGCGUAUGGUCUGCUGUGGGCCAAAAUCCGGAGUGCCCAAUAUGUGCAACUAAAUGGUCGGGUAUUCUUAAGGACGCCGAGGUCUAUUCUGUAUUACUAGUAUGCAUCGCCAUCCCAGUGCAGCGGUUGUUUAACGUAGCCAGCAUCUACGUGUGGGUGCAGUAUGUGUGAUAUGCAGGUUAUUUAGGGAUGACUUCCGGAUAAUCGUUCUCGAAUUAUAAUCUAAUAUAUUCCAACUAAUAUACCGACAAAGACGUCUUUUUGUCAACCAUUAUCCAUUAUCCAUUAUCCGGUGGAAGGAUAGCCUAAACAUUCCACAUCUUGUUCUCUGCCGGCCAUUCGCAGUACACUGAUUUGGCUACGAUGGCUACUCUCGGGUUUAACUUCAAGAGUUAUGUAUGCUAUCGAAUUAGACAGCGUGAGCUAACCAAGGUUAAUGACUCAAUGACUAGUAUAACAGUACGAUGAAAAUUUGAACCAAUUUCAAAGAGUUUGAACCAACAGUUUGGACAAAGUUCCGGGACUCCGAGUGGAAAAACCAACAUUAACAGCUUAUCAGAACAGGCAGCAAUAAUAGUGCACUCAUUACCGAGAUAUGGAAGUUCAAAUAAGUCUGCGCAGGCAACAUAGGAGGAGGAAGCCGAAAAGGGUCAGCAAAACAGCCACGUUAUGAACUGCGAUAUUCAAACGCAUUUGCAAGUUCAACAACUCAAUCAUAUAGAGAAUGAAGCACCAAAGGCCAAUAUAGUACCGGUCGCAAGAAUUGCGGUUAAACAAAUAAAGUGGCAAUCAGUUGACAGCGGUACGCCUAAAGCAAGGCGAGUAUGAAAUGUUUCAAAAGUAGGAUUCGAACACCGAGAAGCUAAAAUGCUGUUUGCAGGCCCAACAAACGAAAUGCACACAAUCGAAGUACAGCGUCGAAACCGUCUACUUUCUCAACAAAUGCUCAUGUCAGCCCUUCAAAUGAACACAACACUAUUCUGAAGAGAAAAAAACAUAUAUAAAGGAAAAGAGAUUCUUGACCCGAAGGCAAAAAUCGUACAGCUUGUAGAAGCAAUGCCAGGGCUAGCAUGUCCAUCUUUUUCCAGAGGUGCCGACGUGCUCUCACAGCCCGCUCUAAACGGCCCAGCCUUAUGUCGCCCAUUCUAAUGAACUCACCACCGAAUUGAGUAAGCUUGGCUGUUGAUCUUAACUAGCACGACACCGAUGAUGAACUGGUAUCGGUAUCAAGGCGAUGACGUUACGCUCUGCAUAUGCUUCGUUGAGUUCAUGGUGAAAUGGUGUGCUAUACCUAUAUUAAAUUGUUUAAAUUUUGAUUUUAUUAUAAGUCUGUAGUGUGUCGAUGUUCCAAAUUUUAUUGAUAACCCGA